AUGCACGUUCAGAGGAAGGACCUAAUAACUUACAUCGACUUUAGCCAAAGUUCAACUUUAGGCAAGAGUUUAAAAGAGUAUAAAUAUGGUGUGUUAAUGAAGGUAGAGUAUCACAAUUCUUACAACCUUCUUACUACCAACACCACAGCUUCAUCAGCUAUACCUGAAACCAAAAUGAACAAGAUCUUUGCCGUCGUUCUCUGUUUGGCCUUUGCCUCCAUGGCCUUGGCUGGUAACCCCCUGAUGAUGGGUGGUUUAGGAAUGAUGGACCCCUAUAUGAUGGGUAUGAUGAACCCCUAUAUGAUGGGUAUGAUGAACCCCUACAUGAUGGGUAUGGGAGGUUUAGGUAUGAUGGGAAUGAUGAACCCCUACAUGAUGGGAUAUGGUGGACUCGGUAUGCUCGGUGGUUACGGUAUGAUGGGCGGUCUUGGUAUGAUGGGUAAAAAAUAAGAUUCCAAUCAGCAGUAUUUAUAUAUUUGAAAUAUGGAAAUAAAUAUUUAUUUUUUACAAAAU